AUGGUCCAAUCCAAAGAUUCCCAACCCCCAAAGCUUAUGCUCAAGUCCACCAAAGAUGCGCUUCUCAUCAUCGAAGCAGCCGAGCGUGGUUUGUUCCCCCGACUCGUCCGCCGUUUAACUGAGCAGGAACGCGCACAAAACAUCUAUUCUGGAGCUAUAUUUGUCUACGAUGAGUUCGAGUCAAAUAUCCGGCGAUUUACCGAUACCUUGGUCUGGAGCCCUUCGCGCAUCAUCGGCAAUUAUUUGGUAUAUCGAGAAAUGAAGAAGCAUGAACCUCGUCCAACGUCGCGCGCGGGAGCAGCUUUGCCCCCUCAGCCGGCGUCUGCAAGAAGCCUCACACGCUCUCGCACAGAUACUAACCUGGAGCAAAGCGGCGAUCAAAAGAAGAAGGAGCAACUAUACGUUGGUAGUCUCACCCAUAACGAGAGGUUUAAGACCGAUGGCCUUGUCAAAAGGACCUUUUCUUUGAUGACUGAAGGCAAACACAUUCAUGUCAUAGGCUACUAUACCUAUGAUGAUGCGAUGGAGGGGCGUUUCCUUACGCCUUCGGAACAUCCCGAGUUUACAAGCCUGAUAAUAUCUCAAGAGCUCUUGAGAGACAAAUCUGCUUAUCGGGUGCCACCUCGUAUUGAAUUAGAAAAUGGGCUUUUGGUGUAUGCUGGCGAGGGCGAGAAACAGAACCCAGUCGACUCUGAAAAAGUACCUCCAGAAUCGGGUCGUACAUCCCAGCCAAUAUCUUCGACCCAGGCUCCCACUGGGCUUUCUACUCUCUCCUCUUUCCCUCACCUUCCUUCUAUAGGAAUAGAGGAGCAAGAUAGCCCUAUACAUGACCUCCCACCUCUUCGAAAACCCCCGUCAACCCGAGUUUGGGACCCCAUGCCUAUUGUGGACUCUUUGGUAUAUUACGACGGCCCUGCUUAUACUUGCCAGGCUCGGACCACUGCUGUGCAAUACGAGUUCUCUCAAUUCAAUACUCCCGCGAGUGUUCAAGAUCAAACCCCGCUUUUGUCGCCAUCUAUCAUCCAAUCGACUCUGAACCCUUCGUCUAGUCGCUCGACUCUCAGGCUACGAGAUGGCCGUCAAAAUCCAUACCCGGGAAAUCAAGAUCGACCACUGGCGAAGAACUUGAACGUUGCGCGCUCCCUACGAGAGACAGAGUUCAACCGUACUAGAUCACCCUUCUCACCUACCCCUAAUAUAGAGUAUGAGCUAUUAGCACCUUCUCCAGAAUAUCUUGGCUGCUCGAAUUGGCCCAUUCCUCCAUCAAAUGUUGAUAGAAGUGGGGGUAGCACAAACCAAUGUUAUGCAUACCCUGGGUCGACUAACGAUGGAUCUAUACGGCUGGGGAAUACCGAAACGACGUCAAACCACCUUGGAUCUCUGUCCCGCGACCCCGAAGUUGGGCCCUCAGGAGAGACGGUUGAGUAUGAGGCUGUCCCUAUGGGAAGAUAUGGAGGAGCCAAGAACACUAGCAUAAACUAA